CUACUACCAAUAUCUAUCUAUGGCAACUAACUAAUCGACUUGACAAAAAAAAAAAUGGAGUUACCGGAGGGAUGCAUCGCGAACAUUAUUGCUCGCACCACGCCCAAAGACGCAUGCAGGCUCUGCGCCGUUUCCAAGCUCUUCAAAUCCGCCGCUGAUUCUGACUAUGUCUGGGGUCGUUUCCUCCCUUCCGAUGUCGUUUCCCUCGUUUCCCACUCUCAUUCUCACUCUUCCUUGAUCUCACUCUCUACUUCCAAUAAAUCCCUCUAUCUCGCCCUCUCCGAUCGCCCAACCGUCAUCGACAAGGGCAAAAUGAGCUUUCAAUUGGACAAAAAGAGUGGGAAAAAGUGCUACAUGCUAGCUGCUAGAGCUCUGACCAUUGUUUGGGGUGACACUCCUCGAUACUGGGAAUGGAUACCCUUGGAAGAGUCCAGCCUCCAUACUCUGUACACUAUUGUUUCCCGACUUUGGGCUUCGACAGCAUUGACCUCCAUCCUCUCUCUGGCGGCGCUGUUCGUCUUCUCCUUGGCGGCAUCACAGUUAAGGAGAAGGUCCCUUUGCCUCACCCUUCGGUCAGCAUCAACAGCGGUAGCGGCGACUACCGUAAUGAUGGAGACGCUCUCCUCCUUCGUCGCGUCCUCCCCUCCCCCCUUCUCUCAUUUCGUUCUUCCUCUCUCUAGUAGCGGCAGCAACUACAUAUCUACAGCGGAAGCAACCACAGAUCUCACUAUAGGUUCUCAGAAGUUGCUCGACUGGAACAUGUGUGGUGGCUUGAGAUUCGCGGGGUGUUGAGUACCCUUGUCCUAACCCCAAAUACUCACUAUGCAGCUUAUCUUGUGUUUAGCAUGGAGGAAGACAGAAUUGGAUUUCAACACUGUCCUGUGGAGUUAUCAAUAGGCAUGCUAGGUGGUGAGGCUAGCACCAAGAAUGUGAUUCUUGAUCCAGAAUCAGACGGGGUACGGCAGCUUCCAAAUCUAAGAGGUAAUCCCUGGUUGGAGAUUGAGUUUGGGGUGUUUUUCGUUUCGAGCACAGAAGAUGAACAAGUUCAAAUGAGUGUGGUGGAAACUGAGGCUGGUGUCCUAAAGAGUGGUCUCAUCAUUGAAGGAAUUGAAUUUAGGCCAAAGGAAGAUAAUUAAUUAAGAAGCCAAGCCAUGGUUGAUUUGCACCAACAUAACUGCAAACUCUUUCUGAAGAUUUUAAUGGCAUUAGUUAGUUUUUGUUAUUCUCAUUACUAAUAUUGAGGAAGGCUAGGCGAACAAUUUUAAAAUUUGGUUUAAUUACUCUGUUAGUCUC